GGCACGUCGUCAGAGCAAACCCUGGAUACAGAGGUACCAGUCGCUUCGAAAAUGACGCAUUCAUGUGCAAAAUGGUGUUUUCCUUUAUUGAUAUUAAACGUUUUAUUUAUUCACAUUGCAUGUAUAUCAAAAUCGGAAUACACUGUUGAAAAACAUCGCAUUAUGAAUCUGGAGGAAUCAGCGAGGUUCGGAUCGUCACUUGUCUUGAACAAACAAGAGAGACUGAUUAGUGAUAUAUUAACCACAGCCAAACGUGCGGAGAUUGAAGAGUCUCGGGUCAACGGUACCGUAUUCCCCCCAGCCAUUAACUUCUUCGAAUCCAGGAAACUUAUAGACUCGAGCAAAGUCUUCCAGAUUAUCAAGCGUAUGCCUAAGGGUGGCGCUCUUCACACCCAUGGGUCAGCCAUUACAAGUCUGGAUUGGCUGGUGAAGAACGUGACGUACAGGUCCAACUGCUACAUGUGCUACGACAACUACGGGCACCUGCAGAUGCACUUCUACGAUAUUCCGCCGAAAAACUCAUAUUGCCAAUGGGAAAGUGUGCAGCACAUGCGGGAACGGUCAGGGGACGCUCAGCUGUUUGACCAGCAACUCAUAAGAAACAUCAGCAUCAUCGUUGACGACCCAGAUUCCACCUAUGUCACCGUGGACGAUGUUUGGCACAAGUUUAGUCUGUAUUUUAAGGUUGUCAAUGGAUUAUAUCGCUAUACACCGGUAUUCAAGGAUUACUUACAACAAGCACUGAGGGAGUUUGAGGAGGAUAAUGUCCAGUACGUGGAGAUCAGAGUUACACUAUCCCCGCUGUAUGAACUGGAUGGGACCAAGCACGACCAGGAGCACAAGCUGGUGACGUAUCGAGACACCGUCAAUGACUACAUGGCAUCACAUCCAGACUUCAUUGGAUGCAAGCUGAUACAGAGCGGGAUAAGAUUUUUCAAGAGAGUGGACAUUCUGGAUGAUAUAAAGAGUUACAUUAAAUAUCAACAGAAUUACUCGGACAUUCUCCGUGGCUUCGAUCUGAUUGGUCAGGAAGGUCCGGAUCCACUGAGCUACUAUCUGGAUGAUCUCCUGUAUCCCUCCACACUGAACCCGCCGGUCUCUGUGCCAUAUUUCUUCCACGCCGGGGAAACAGACUGGGACGGUAGCCAAGUCGAUCUGAAUCUCAUCGACGCCGUCCUGCUCAACUCCACCCGCAUCGGCCACGGCUUUGCCCUCUACAAACACCCGGAAGUGAUGAAGAUGAUUAAACAGAAAGAUAUAGCUAUUGAGGUCAACCCGAUAUCUAACCAGGUUUUGAAAUUAGUGGAAGAUUUGCGGAAUCAUGGGGCGGUAACUCUGUUCGCUGACGGCUACCCGCUGGUAGUAAGCAGUGACGAUCCUGCCGCUUGGGGCGCUCUUCCUCUGUCACAUGACUUCUAUAUGGCGUACAUGGCGAUGACAAGAGAGGAUGCAGGUCUAGAGGUGCUGAAACAACUUGCCAUCAACUCUAUAAUGUAUAGCGCAAUGACAAGUACAGAGAAAAUGGAGGCUAUGAAGAAAUGGGAGAAAAAGUGGAACGAAUUUGUCAUCGAGACACUGAGGCAACACAUCCGUGGUGGACAGGUGGUCGGUUAAAUCUCCCUCAGUCGACGUUAACUGACUGAUAGUUUUGUUUUAUUUGCAUUUUUUUUAAAUGGGAAUACAUGUAUAGUCUGUUUGCAGUGAAAACGUACCGAUGAAUUUCACUUUAAACAAAAAAAGGUAUAUCAAAUAAAGUGAAAUUAAUAUUGCGA